AAUGUGGAGCUGCUCUCUUAUUUUUGGAGGUUCCAAAAGGAUCUUUGUUUCUUUUCAUGUGCCGCCUUCAUCCAAUAGCAAACAAGAGGCUGCCUGCAAGUGGUCGAAUCUCAAUGAGGUGUCAAUCAUGUCUCCUGGUGGGUGAAGUAGGGGGUUGUAACCGCCUCUCUUUUGGGCAGGAGACGGCGGGGGAACGGUUUUGAUCACAGAAACGCGAGGUCUGUCUUGCAGGAUGAACUAAAUCGUGUUUGCAAUUGUUUUGGAUAUUUUGUUUUAUUUACAUGGAUUUCUGAAAUGCUGGAUUGGUAAUAAGUCCAAUGGUUUCGUAACCGUAAACCGAUGCGGAGAAAUGGGUAAACUUCAUUCUAAGCAUGCUGCCGUAUGUAAACCCAGAGAAAGUCCUGAAGGUGAUAGUUUUGUAGUCAGUGCCUGCUUGGCUCGGAAAGGGAUUGAAGACUGGAUUGUCAAGCAGAAAUGCUCCAGUGGCAGCAACAACAGCACGGGAGGAUUGCAGCAGCAGGGCUUUCGGAGCAAGACUCUAGCGUGCAGGCUCACAACUGCGGAUUUGUGUGGUGAAGACUGUGAAGAAACAAUGGGUGAAGAACACUAUGCAUUAGAAGUUGCUUUACCUCCAGAGAAAACUGAUGGCCUCUGUAUCACGGAUGAAAAGAAACCAGCGAAAGAAACUGGGCACCGCAGCAUUGCCAAGAAGCAACUGAAGUUCGAAGAAUUAGAAUGCGAUGUAUCUUUAGAAGAAGAUAACCGACAGGAGUGGACCUUCACACUGUACGACUUUGACAACAGUGGAAAAGUCACUCGGGAGGAUAUAACCAGCCUUCUUCAUACGAUCUAUGAGGUAGUCGACGCAUCAGUAAACCAUUCACCCACAUCCAGUAAAACUUUGCGGGUUAAGUUAACUGUAGCACCUGAUUCAACUCAUAAGAAAAAGAGUGCUUCUUCAGUCAACCAAACAGACACCCCAAAUUCAAAAAGCAGAACUGAUGGCAAAUGUUGUGAAGAAACGAAGAUUUCAGAAAAGAAGCUUCAAGCACACCUUAGACGCCAGCACAGUGACAAUGAUCCUCAGCAGAACGCAUGUCAUCAUCAUUGUGUUGACGAAAACAUUGAAAGAAGGAACCACUAUCUGGAUCUUGCAGGGAUAGAGAACUAUACAUCAAAAUUUGGACCAGGCUCCCCUCCAGCAGUUUUGAAACAUGAACAGCCAACACGAACAACCAAUCAGACUAGGUCUCGUUCUCAUGAGCCUGACACAGGGCCUGCACAUCGCAGGAGGUCGCAGACUGUGGACCCAGGCCACAUGCAUCUUAUCGAUAGUUCUUAUAGGAAGAAUGUGGAACUUCAACAGAGACUGCAUAGCCAAGAAUCUCACAAGCACAUGAUUCGGUCUCCUAAGAUAUACAGUAAAAAUUUUAUGGCUGCCAGUCAAGCAGGAAAGGCUGCACGUGGUAAGCCAGUGCAAGGUAUUCCUGUUCCAGUGACUUCCCCUCCUGUUGUUCUGGGACAGAAUGUUUCAUACCUUCCAAUGCAUUCUCAAGCAGCAUACAAAAAACAUAAACCGAGGUCUAAGGAAACCCACCAAGCUUACAAGGCCUUCCAUUCUCCAGUUACAGUAGUUGAGAAGGAACACGUUCAGGAGAUGCCUGCAAUUAUGAUGUAUGAAGGCCAGCUUGGUCAUAUUGUUCAGAGACAUGAGCAUCACCACCACCACGAACACCAUCACCACUACCACCAUUUUUACCAGACAUGAAGCCACGUGAAGAAGAAUGCUACUAGAGUGAAUAGCGCAGAACACUAACAGUACAACUCGUAAAUGAAGGAAAUUUUUUGACUCCCCACUCCUCUUACUGUGGUGUCAGUGUAACACAAUAUUGAUACUGCUGUUACUCUACUAAUAUUUGUGUGUAUUUUAAGAUAAAGACUGAGAUGUCAUACUGUAUACUAUUUAUUGAUUUUUUUAAAAUGGUGACUGUGCAUUACUGACUUAUUACAGUGGGGAUUUCUGUAAAAGAACUGGUUUGUACAUUUCUGGACAGCCAUGGCAUGAGUUAUAUUUCAUGGAGGUCAUCAAAGCACUUCCCACACAAGUACUUGUUGCAUUUCACAGAAAUGUAUUGAAGACCAAUCUAAAUGGUUGUGCUGCAGAUGAAAUGAAUCCCAAGGCAGGGGUGUAAGUAACCCUAUUUCAGAAUUGCAGAACAUACAAACAGCUGCUACCUCUAGUAUUAUUCAGAUGUUAUUUUCUUUAACUGAUUGUAUUGUACUACAAGGAGUUUUAAUACUGUAUUCUGUAUUCAUGUAGCUUUUGUGUUGUAUUGCAUAUUCUUUACUGCUAUGUAUGGCAUGAUACAGUAGAGGCAGGACAUGUAUUUGCCAACAAAACUAGAUUUUGAAGUUUUCUUUUACAUUCAGAAACUAAAAAGGCGAGAUUGUGAAGUCUUUUUCUGCUUUGAGAAACUACUAAAAACUGCUUGUCAUGGUAUUCUGGGGUCAAAAUAUACUUAAUGAUAGCAGAGAGGGAAAGGGAAGGAGCAGAAGAAAUUAUGUUGCGUCUCAGAAGUCAUCAGUAUGUUGUGCUCUGGGAAGUCAAGGUCACUCACUGUCUUUUUUGUUCUUUAUUAAGAAAGGUGACAUUUCUAGGUAUUUUAAAGCAAGUUUGUCUUCAUUCUCAGGUACAUUUUUUUUGCAUUUGUUGAACUGUGGUUUUAAGUUUUUUUUAACAUACUUUUAUGUUCUGGACUUGCAGGUUAACUGCUUGAGUUAACAGUGAGUGUAUAGAUGCCAUAUUUUAAAUUGACAAUUAGGCUUUUUUUUUUAAAGAAUCUGCCUACAAGUUACUAAAUACCCAUGCUCAUACCCCCAGUACAACAGUAGAAUGAGGAAUGCUUUCCUGUCAGACUUCCCACUCUUUUGGGGGCUUUUCUGCUCAUUGGAAACUCAAAGGUCUGUUCUGUCCAUAAGGCAGACAUUUAUCACCUGAAGUCACACUACUUAAUCGUUCAAAACAGCCUGAUCGUGUUCUACAGCAAAUUUUAUUAGGCUGUUUUAAUAGUUUAUGUAUUAUUGGCCUUUCAAGUCUGUAUCUUUAACAUGUAAAAUCUAUUAUUUCACUUUAGUUACCACUGAUUGUUUUUAUUCAGAGAUUGUGUACCUUAUUUUUAUUUGUAAAUAAGAAAAGGACUGCAAAAGACAUAACUAGUAGAGUAAUUGUAUUUAUAUUAUAUAGUGCUAAUGAGUAUAACAUAUGCCUUGUUUGUCUUGCUUUUAAUACAGCAUGCAUGUACAUUCCAUCCUACUAGGAGUGUGAUGGUAUUAACAUACAGACUGAUGCCUCAGUUAUCUUUCUUUGAAGAAUUAUAUAUAUUUUUUAUUUUUUUAUUUUUUGUAUCUGUGUUGAGGAGUGCAACAUAUUUCCAAAAGAUAGUACUUUCAAGUAAAAUAGUUAAUAUACACACAUGCACACGCACACACAGAAAUAUAUUUACAUAUUGUAUGGAUGUUUCGGUAUGUGUGUUGCAUCUUGUCAGGGCAGUAAAGAAUAUGUGACUGACCAAGAAUGUUUCACAGUCUUUAAUUAGAAAUAACGCAGCUAAAAAUUAUAACAGACUGGGCAGCAAUGUCAGUUUGUCUACAGACAUGUUGCCAUUGCAUAUCUGAACUCGUUUCAGACCUGUGUAUCCUGAGAUGUAACCAAGAACAGUUAGCUUGGACUAUAAGUUUAAGUCGCACGACUGCUACAUUGUUUCUAUGAAGAAAGGUCGCAGCUGCUACAGACUGGCGUCACUGCAGAAUGGUUGUUCGGAGAACAAGUUAAGACUGGCCCAAAGAUUCAUAUCUGCUAGUAAAAUCCGUGCUUUUUUAUGAUUUAUAUUUAUUUUGAAUUGUUUAGGACAUCAAAUUCUUUGCUGCUUGAAAUGUGACCAUCCUAAAUGAAAAGAUAAAAGUAUCAGGCACCCUCCUUCAAAUACAUUAUACCAGCAGAGAGGCACCCUCCAUCAAAUACAUUAUACCAGCAGUAUGGAGACACCUGCAGUAUUUGUAUGUUGUAUUUAAUUGAUAGUGUGAAUAACUGCUUAUGUAGCUACAUCUUUAAAUUUCACUUUAAAGGACAGUAAAUGCAGUAUCUUUUUUAAAAAAGAAAUGCUUUCAGUAUUUUGUAUAGUAUAUAUAGAUGGUUUUGAUUAAAUGCUUUAUUUAUUUAAUAGCAAACCUGUGCCAAGAAAAAAAAACUUGUUCAUUAAAAAUUUUCCUAGUUCAUAAUA